GCAAGCCUGCCCAACAAAUCAGAACGUAAAGGCUGGUGACCCGUUCAAGACUUAUCUUGUUCCACCUCCAUAUAAAGAAAGGCGCCUGUUCAUUGUCUUGGCCUGCCUUUCUCUGUCUCGGAAUUUUGAGCAGUGACAUUCCUGAUAGUCGUAAUUUUUUGCAUUAUCGUCUUUUUGUCACUACCUACCAAGCUCCACCACAGCCAUAACCAACAAGACUGGGAAUCUUUCUUUUCUUGGGCAAUAUAACAACGGCCUCCAUUAAGGAAAGUGGCAAAUUUGGGGCAAUAUGACUUCGAUCAUUACAAAGCUCGUUACCAAGAAGAUCCUUGGGGAGACUGUCUCGAACAAAUUUGGAACGGAGGACCCUUACUUUGAGCAUGUCCCCGCGACUCGUCUGGAUGGAAAACCCAACGGCAAAGUAAAGAAGCGCAAGAAGGCUCUUCCUCCAGGCAUUACCGAUAACGAUGCCAAGGUCUUGACAAAGGUCAAGCGUCGAGCUUAUCGACUAGACCUGUGUCUCUUCAGUUGCUUUGGCGUCCGUUUCGGUUGGGGCAGCGUUAUAGGACUGGUUCCUGCAAUCGGCGAUGUUCUGGACAUGUUACUCGCACUUAUCGUCAUGAGAACCUGCAUGAAGGUCGAUGGUGGACUGCCCACCUCGGUCAAGGGCAAAAUGAUGUUUAACAUCUUGAUCGAUUUUGUCAUCGGACUUGUUCCUUUCGCUGGCGACCUGGUAGAUGCAGCAUAUAAGUGCAAUACUCGCAACGCGGCGCUCCUCGAGGCCCACCUACGAGAGGAGGGACGCAAGAAUCUGAAGAAGAGCGGAUUACCGGUACCGGCCAUUGAUCCCAGCGACGCAGACGAAUUUGAUCGACUUCAGACGCAAGAUCCGCCCGAGUACAUCUCAAACCCACCAUCCCGAAAUGCAUCCAUGUCAGAACGUCGUCAACGCAGCCGCAGCCGCAGCCGAGAUCGCCGUCGUGAUGAUCGCCCCGUCGAGCCGGUACCGGCGCGAGUUCGCGAGAGCCGUGGAUUCUUCGGUCGUAGCAGAGCUCGGCCGGAUGAUAUCGAAACAGGGAAAGCUGAUCGUGGAUCUCGACGCCAAAGAUCGCCGCGCAGGGAGCGACGCUAAGCUCGGUGCCUCGGAUUUACCUUGACGUCAAAGGGGACGACAGGGUUAGCUGUGAGAGUUGGCGAUUAAUCGUGAGUCAGGAAUAUUCAUCAGGGGGUGAAGUACAGAGUACCUCGUGAAGUAUGGUGCCUUUUUAUUUACAUGAUGGGAACGUGGAGACGGGUUUCAUUAAUUAUCAUGUUGUCGACGAAUGAUAUAUGUAUAUGCAGUACGAAACUUUACUAAGGCGUCAUGCCCUUGCUUGAUUGAUUAAACAAAGUGGAUGCAGAAGAGCACGGAGCUAAGACAUCCUCAAAUCAAAUGAAAGAACG